UAAAUUGCAUUCUGUUUAAUUUUAUAGUUUUUAACAAGUAAGAUUGGUUGGUAUAGAGGCAGUAUCUUGAAUUUCUUGUUUUAAAUAUAUUUUUUUUGUUUGAUUGCCCUCUUAGAGCUUGAUUUUUAGCAUUUUCUACUCUUAUUUUUGUUAUUUUAUUAAUUUCAGGACAAGUAUUUUGUUUACGUUAUUGUUAUUAAAUGUUAUUUGUACCAUAAGAACUUCAGUGUUGAAUUUUAGUGUUGUCUUUUUUGUUUAUUGCGGCUUGAUAUUUAGGGUUUUGUUUUGUUUAUAUUUUUUGAUCGUAUUAACUGUUUGUGUUUCUACUUAUUUAUAUAUAUAGGAGGAAAUUGAUGAAAUAGAAAAUUGCAUUAUUGAUUAUUGAUGUACUUAUUACUCAUGCUAGCUAGGCUUUUAAUGAUGGUUAUAAUAUGAAUGUUAAAAGCCAAUCUUAAAAUCCUUUUCUUAGCUGCGCCUUGUAGAUAAUUACUGUUUGCUUAUUGUCAACCUAGUCCAAUUGUUUGUCUAUGCUCAUCUAUUUUAAGUCACUACGAAAUUUGUUUGUGUGCUGUGUUUUAAUAAUUUGCUUUGUGUUUUUCCAAAGGAAGUUUACUGCACUCUGGAGCACAGGACAAUUGACCUGGAUCAAGGAUGGGAUUUUAUGCUGGGGGGAAUCAAUAAGCUGAAGAGAAUUCUGGAAGGAGGAGAGGAGCAAUUUAGCUCUGAAGAAUACAUGAUGCUUUACACGACUAUAUACAAUAUGUGCACCCAGAAGCCUCCUCAUGAUUACUCUCAACAGCUUUAUGAAAAGUACCGGGAGGCUUUUGAAGAAUAUAUUAAUUCAACAGAGGGUGGGUUCGAACAUUACAGUUUAUCUUGGGUUGAGAAACUAAAGUGUGAUAGCUAACGACCACUAAAACUGCUGAUCGCUAAGGAGGUUAAGUUAGAUGGCCAGUGAAGCUACGUCGUUAGGCUGUGGAAACCACAUCAACCACCACAAUGCAUAGUAGCUAAAAGCUAAGUAAAAUUGAUGUGACAGAACCUUUCCGGUUGCAAAGAAUACCUAAAUCCCUAAUUUCAUCUUUCGCCUUCGCUGCAUUUUUUUUUUUU